AUGGGUUUCGGCGGUGCUGCACUCAAGUUUGGCUCGACUGCGCUGUAUGCGCUCGAGUUUGCCUGCGCGGCGGUUGUAUUGGGAAUCUACAGCUACUUCCUCGCUGUAGAGGCUGAUCGCGAUGCUCGCAUUCCUACCUGGCAAAAGGCCGUCACUGGUCUAUCCGGUGCCGUUGUCUUGUACACCAUUUUCGCUGUCCUAUUGACAUGCUGCCUCGGUGGAAAGAAAAUCUUCGCCUUCCUCGGCAUACUCUUCAACCUUCUCUGCUGCGGCGCCAUGAUCGCCAUCGCAGUCCUAACACGUGACGGUGCAUCCAGCUGCAAGGGCAACGUCCAAACUCCCCUUGGUAACGGCCCUGCAAGCUCCAAGCAGGGCUUUGGCUCCAACGGCCAAGGCGACCAAAUCACUUACGCCGCCUCCCUUGGUACGAUCUGCAAGCUCAACACCGCCUGCAUGGCCGUCGCUAUCAUCGGCGCCGUCCUCUUCCUUCUCAGCGCCCUUGUCCAGGACCUUCUUAUGCACCACCACAAGAAGGAGAAGGCUUUUGGUCCUGGUCCCAGCAACGGCUAUACUGCCGGUUCCCGCAUGAAGUUCUGGCAGCGCAAGAAGGCCGCCAGGACCACUGGCCACCGCGACCCUGAGGUUGGCACCAUCCCUACUGCCACUGCUGGAGGUCUUGCCGCCCCUGCUGCCGCUCACGACUACCGCCCCAGCCACGAUACUGCCUACACUGGCUCCACCGUCGCUUCUCCCAACGCCUACGACAGCAACAAGCCCGUCACUGGUGGUUAUCACACUGCUCCCCACGUUGCUCCUGGUGCCGGCUACGCAGCCAACGGCACCACCAACCAGUAUGGCAGCGCCACAAACUACUAAACCAUUCAGCGAACAAUAUCUUCCCAAUCAGUUGAUACUGGAUCUGAUGGACUAGUCUGACCCAGUCUCAAUUACGCCAUGAGGCACAUAAUUUUCCUUUUCACCCUGUACUUUUAUAACGACCUUGAUGCAUUAUACCAUAUGGAAGGGGGAGGACGACAACGACGAAUGGGAGGAAACAAAGUUGAAUACAGGAGAUGCAGACUGUACUAUAGUUAAGACGACGAUGACACGUAAUAAUUAAUGGCCAAUAUUCAAUACUGAAAA